CCCACAGCUCGCCCCCUGCUGCCGCGAACGCGUUCGAACGAGACGGCUCCACCUCCUGGGCUUCUCAGCCAGGAAGGAAGAGGGGACAGGCGAGCAAAGGGACCUUCCCGUUCCCAGCUCCACGAGCCCCCACCCCCCGCCCCGCCGCAGCCCCUGGGCUCGGCGGCGGGCUCCCUGGGCCCCAGGGGGCGGAUCGGGCUCCCCUGGGGUGGGGAAAAUCGUUCCCCCCUCCCCGCUCCCCCGCGCUGGUCAGCAUUGGCCUAUGGAUGACCCCUGGAGCCAUGGAGCCCGUCCUGCAGUGCUGGGAGGCGGUGAGCGUCAAGGUGGAGGGAGAAAAGCCCAGUGCCACUGGGGAAGCCCAGCAGGGGGUGCUGGCUCUGAGCCCCUACCCCGGGGCUGCAUGCCCACUGGGCUGGGCUCUGAAAGAGGAGCCGGAGUUCCAGCAGGAAAUGGUAGGUGAUGGUGAAAGUCUGGGAUGGGAUCCGGCGCAGAAAGAUCUGGAGAAGGCUGAACUGCACCAGCUCUUAUCGAUAGUGGAUGUCCCCCAAGUAGAGCUGGGUGAGGAGCUGUCUGGAGGACCUGAAGGAACCGUUCCCCAAGUGGAUCUGCUUAGGACGGUCUCUGGAGGGUCUGAAAGAGACAUUCCCCAACUGGAUCUUUGUGAGAUGUUCUCUGGAGGAUCCGAAGGAGAUGUUCCCCAUAUCAAUCUGUGUGGGAUACCCUCAAGAGGCUCUGCAGGGGAGGUUCCCCAGGUGGAUUUUCAUGGAAUGCCCUCAGGAGGAUCCGAAGGGGACGUUCCCCAAGCGGAUCUGCGGGGGACGUUCUCUGGAGGGUGGGAAGAGGUGGACAUGCAGCAGCGGGGGGACCCUCCAGGGAGGAGCCAGGAGAAGCCAGCCCAGCAUGGCAGCCUCCCUGCACCGGCCCCGGAGAAACCUUACAAGUGCUCUGUGUGCGAUAAAAGCUUUGGGCAGAGCUCCCACCUCAUCCAGCACCAGGUGUCACACACGGGCGAAAAGCCUUACAAAUGUCCCGAGUGUGGCAAAGGCUUCACUUGGAGCUCAGCGCUGGCCCAGCACCGGCGCAUCCACCGCGGCGAGAGACCUUUUGUCUGCCCAGACUGCGGCAAAAGCUUCAGCCAGAGCUCCAACCUGAACACCCACCAGCGCACCCACACGGGCGAGAAGCCGUUCGUCUGCCCAGAUUGUGGGCGUAGCUUCAGCCAGAACUCCAACCUGGCAGCCCACCGGCGCACCCACACCGGCGAGCGCCACUACCGCUGCUACGACUGUGGGCGGGGCUUCUUGGAGCGGGCGGCGCUGGCCGAGCACCAGCAGGGCCAUGCUGGGCAUCGGCCCUACACCUGCGGGCACUGUGGCAAAGCCUUCGGGCAGAGUGCCAAGCUGGCCCAGCAUCAGCGCAUCCACACCGGCGAGCGGCCCUUCCGGUGCGAAGAGUGCGGCAAAGGCUUCAAUGACGGCUCCUACCUGGUCAAGCACCGGCGGGUCCACACCGGCGAAAAGCGCUACCGCUGCCCAGUGUGUGGCAAAACCUUCAGCCAGACCUCCAACCUCAUCACCCACCAGACCACCCAUACUGGAGAAAAGCCUUUCCGAUGUGGGGACUGCGGGCGUAGCUUCAUCCGCCAGGCUCACCUGGCUGCCCAUCGGCGCACUCACACGGGCGAGCGGCCGUACCAGUGCACCCAGUGCGGGAGGUGCUUCUCCCAGCGCUCCACCUAUGCCCAGCACUGGCGCACCCACACCGGCGAGCGGCCUUACCGCUGCCCCGACUGCGGCCGGGGAUUCAGCCAGAACUCCAACCUGGCGGCUCACCGGCGCAUCCACACCGGCGAACGUCCCUACCAGUGUGGCCAGUGCGGCCGGUGUUUCGUCCAGAGCUCUGCCUUCACCCAGCACCAGAAGACCCACAAGAAGAGGCGGGACUCCUGCUCGGCUGUGCAAAUCGCCCAGCCGCUGGGGCGGGGGCAGGGGGGGGGCCCAGUCCCCAGCGCCGAAAUCCCCCUCCAAAGGGGGGGGAUUGCAAAGGGAGCCGGGGUGCGGGGGGCUGCAAUGGAGGAGUGGGCUCUGCUGGAUGAGAGGCAGAGGGAGCUCUACCGGGACGUCAUGCAGGAGAACUAUGGGGACGCCAUUUCACUGGGAUUUCCCGUUCCCAAACCGGCUGUGAUCUCCUGGAUGGAGCGCGAGGAAGAACCAUGCGACCCAGAUCUCCAGGGCUCUGAGGAACAGGAGAUCCCAGCAGGUGACGGGACGGCGAGCGACAACGAGGAAGAGGAGGUGGCCGAGCCUUCCCGGCAGGAAGAAGAGUCUCCAGGGCCGGAAGCCCCCAACCGCCCCGACUGGGCCGAAGCCUGCGAGAGCUUGUGCCGGCCCCCACAGCGGGGGGGCCGCUGGGGCCCGUAUGCCCGACGGCGGCGCGUCAGCGCCACCCCCCGGGCCGAACCUCGCUUCUUCGACUGCCCCGACUGCGGGAAACGCUUCACGCUCAGCUCCCACCUCAUCCGGCACCAGCGGGUGCACACCGGUGAGCGCCCCUUUGCCUGCGGGGUGUGCGGGAAGAGCUUCUCGCAGCGCUCGGACCUGGGCCGCCACCAGCGCACCCACACGGGCGAGAAACUCUACCGCUGCACCCAGUGCCAGAAGAGCUUCAGCGAGAGCUCCCACCUCAUCCGCCACCAGAUCAUCCACUCCGGUGAGAAGCCCUUCAAGUGCAACGUCUGCGGCAAGAGCUACGGCGACAGCUCCUACCUGGCCGUCCACCAACGGGCCCACACCGGCGCCCGCCCCUACCGCUGCCCCCUCUGCGGCAAAAGCUUCGGACGCAGCUCCACCCUCAUCCGUCACCAGCGCGUCCACGCGGGCGACGGGACGCCCCCGGAGGGCCAGCCUGCCCUGCCCGGGCCCCCACCAGCCCCGCGGCCCAAUGCCCGCCACCUCCGGAUAGUGGGGUGGCAGUGGGGUGUGGAGGCUCCAGUUAUGCCUCCCACUCUAGCCCAGAAUCUGCUUGUGUCCCUGGCCCUGGUCCAGCUGGCCCGGCCUGACCCCAAUCCCAGUGCUACUACCAUCUCUCAGACCUACAACCUGGCCCGACUGCUGCAGGCCAACACCACGAAGCUGCUCAACACCUACCUGAACACCCAGGGCUCCCCAUUCAGUGACCCCGGUUUCAGCGCCCUGGGGCUACGGUGGGCAGGAGUGCCGGUGGCCACCUUCCCGUUCCUGGCCUGGCGCACCAUGGGCGACGCGGAGCGGCUGGUGCAGAACUACGGGGCGUACGCCACCUUUGACGCCUUCCUCCAGCUGGUGUGGGAUGACCAAGAUGAGCUGUGCCCCGACUGCUCUGAGCUGCUGGCCAUGCUGGGCACUGCCCGGGCCCGGACGCGAGGUCUCCUGGCCAACCUGACCUCCAUUAUGGCUGCCAUGGGCAUCCCGGUGCCCCUGGCCACAGACCCCUUGACCUCAGAGGCAGCCGGGGUGGGGGCAUUUGAGAAGAAGUGUCGGGGCUACGUGGUAUGCCGGGAAUUCCAUGGCUGGGUGGACCGGACUGUGCGUGACUUCACCCUGCUCAAGGCCAAGCCCCAGCUCUGCUCGCGGAAGCCGGGGAGUUUUGCUUCCGCUCCGCCCUUUCGCAGCGAGCUGAGCCGAGCCGAGCCGAGCUGCGCUCCGGCCUGGCCCCCAGGACCGGGGCGCACGGUGCGGGCCGAGACCCGCAGCCGGGCCAAGGAUGACAUCAAAAAGGUGAUGGCGGCCAUCGAGAAAGUGCGCAGAUGGGAGAAGCGCUGGGUGACUGUGGGUGACACGUCUCUGAGGAUCUACAAGUGGGUGCCCAUUGUGGACCCCCGGGAUGAGGAGAAACGGCGACUGGCCAGCAGUGGGGAGCGGCACAAGGGCCGGGAGAGAAGGGGGCGUGUGCCCAGCCCCCGGGCCAACCCUGCCCUCCUCAUGCUGGACCUGAACGAUGAGAACAGCAACCAGAGCUCAUUGUCUGAGACCUCCCUGGCCAAGGGGGGAGACACAAGCUCCAGCCCCACCCCCGACCGCAGCCAGACGGCGACCCCCACCCCGCUGGGGGAACUGAAAGCGGAGGACUCGCAGCCCCCCAUGCUGGGGCAGGAAGGGGACUCUGGGGUGUUGCUGCUUGAAGGGACGGAUGAGCCCCCCAUGCUGACCAAGGAGGACCCUGUUCCAGGCCUACUGGAGUCACAGGGGCAAGAGGAUGCACCCCCCUUUGAGAUGGCCCCAACCUUCCCGCAGCCGGUGCUGGAAGAAGAGGAUGAUGAGUCCAUGGGGGCACCUCCCCUGAAGCGCAUCUGCCCCGAGGAGCAGGAAUUGGCAAAUCCGCUGAGCUCGGCCAAAGCACAAGUCCAGAAUAUCCUCCCCGUGGCUCAGACACCUUCUGAGAUGUUGUCGGCCGACCCUGCCUCCCCGGGCCCGGCGCCUGGCCACCCCGGGGGGAGCCCGGAUCAUGGGGGCCGCUCUGCGCUCGGGCAGCCUGGGGGCAUAGCCCUCCCCCGCCCCGGGCAGCGCCGGCCGGAGGAUUAUCCCGAUUCUUCCCCCGCUGUGACCUCCCGGAUGGAGAGAGGGGAAGAGCCGAGCGUCCCGGAUCUCCAGGGCUCCGAGGAAAGGGAGAUCUCAGGAGCAGAGCGGACGUCACCGGAGGACAAACCUCCCAAGGACUCCAAGCUCGCCGGCCCCAAGUGGCCGUGGGAGAACCUUUCCUGGACCCAAGCGGGCCGCCCGCCCCGCCUCGAGCCCCCAUCCUCCUCCGCCCGGCCCCCUGCCCCGCUGCAGCGCAAGGGCGAGCGCCCCUACAUCUGCAACGAGUGCGGGAAGAGCUUCACCCAGUGGUCCAAGCUGGUGCGGCACCAGCGCAUCCACACGGGCGAGCGUCCCAACACCUGCACCGAGUGCGGGAAGAGCUUCACCCAGAGCUCCCACCUGGUCCAGCACCAGCGCACCCACACCGGCGAGAAGCCCUACCGGUGCUCCGAGUGCGGGAAGAGCUUCAGCUGGAGCUCCAACCUCAUCCAGCACCAGCGCACCCACACCGGCGAGAAGCCCUACCAAUGCGGGGAAUGCGGCAAGGCCUUCAGCCAGAGCACCAACCUCAUCAAGCACCAGCGCUCCCACACUGGCGAGAAGCCCUACCAGUGCGGUGACUGCAAGAAGAGCUUCUACCGCAGCUCCGACCUCAUCCAGCACCAGAUCACCCACACUGGCGAGCGGCCCUUCAAGUGCGCCCAGUGCGGUAAAGGCUUCACCCAGAGCGCCAACCUGGUCAAGCACCAGAAGAUCCACGCCGGGGAGAAGCCCUUCCGGUGCACCGAGUGCGGGAAGACCUUCAUCCAGAGCUCCGAGCUCAUCCAGCACCAGCGCACCCACACCGGCGAGAAGCCCUACGAAUGCCUGCAGUGUGGGAAGAGCUUCGGGCACAGCGCCACACUGGUCAAGCACCAGCGGCUUCACAUGGGGGUGGAGCCCUACAAGUGCCCCACCUGCCACAAGACCUUCGGGCUCAGCUCGGCCCUGGCCCGCCACCAGCGCUGCCACACCGAGGAGCGGCCCUACGCCUGUACCGAGUGCGGGCAGAGCUUUAGCCUCAGCUCCAACCUCACCCUGCACAUGCGAAUCCACCGGGGUGAGAAGCCCUACCGGUGCGGGGAGUGCGGGAAGAGCUUCGGUAUGAGCUCCACCCUGAUCCGGCACCAGCGGAUCCACACCGGCGAGAAGCCCUACCAGUGCGCCGAGUGUGGGAAGAGCUUUGUCCGCAGCUCCCACCUCAUCCAGCACCGCCGCACCCACACCGGCGAGAAGCCCUACCGCUGCGGGGAGUGCGGCAAGGCCUUCAGCCAGAGCUCCAACCUCAUCACCCAUGAGCGCAUCCACAUGGAGGAACGGCCCCACGUGUGCCACGAAUGUGGCCAGCGCUUUGCUGAGGAAGAGGGGCUGCGGCGGCACCAGGAGGAAGGGCAUAGUGGCGGGGCGGGAAGCAGGGGGCUCGGGGAGAGCCAGGAGACUUGUAUCUGCAAUGAUUGCGGGGAAAGCUUUGGAGAUAGCUCGGCGUUGGCCAAGCACCAGGAGAUCCAUGCGCCUUGUAUCUGCAACGACUGUGGGCAAAGCUUUGGAGAUAGCUCCGCGCUGGCCAAGCACCAGGAGAUCCAUGCCCCUCGCAUCUGCAACGAUUGCGGGGAAAGCUUUGGAGAUAGCACAGCAUUGGCCAAGCACCAGAUAACCCAUGGGUCUUGCAUCUGCAAUGACUGUGGGCAAAGCUUUGGAGAUAGCUCCGCAUUGGCCAAGCACCAGGAGAUCCAUGCCCCUUGCAUCUGCCCGGAAUGCGGGCAGAACUGUAAGGACAGCGCAGCCCUGACUCGGCACCAGAUCACCCACAUGCGUGAAAAGCUUUACAAGUGCCCCGACUGUGGGCAAAGCUUUGGCGACAUCUCUGCCCUCACCCAGCACCAGAGGAACCACAUAAGGGAAAAGCUGAGGUGCCCGGACUGCGGGCAGGGGCUUGGGGCGAGCUCGGCUCCGGGGGCCCACCAGAGAGGCCGCGCCCCGGUCAAGCCCUUCCACGACUGCUUGGCUGCUGGUGCCCACGAAAGAAGCCGUGCCGAAGGGGAGCCCGUCCGUGACGGCUCAGAGCUUGGUGUCCACGAAAAAGGCCACCCCAUGGCGGAACCGUCCCACGUGGCUCUGGGUGUCCAUGAAAGAGGCCGGCCCGCGGCAGAUCCCUUCUCCGACGGCUCAGCCAGCAGCGGCCGCCCCGGCUCGGGUGAAAUGGCUAGUCUCAUCCAGCGCCCGGCCACCAAACCCUACAAGUGCCACGACUGUGGCCAGAGCUUUGCCGAGGGCUUGGGUCUCUCCCGCCACCUGGCCUCCCACCCUAAGCCCUUCCGGUGCCCGGAGUGUGGGCGCGGCUUCCCGGAUGCACCAGCCUUGGCCCAGCACCGGGAGUUCCACGCUGGAGGGGAGCUGGCCGGGGCCGGGGAGAAGAGCCGCAAGAGAUGUGCCGAGAUCUCCGCCGUCCUCUUGCGCCAGGGAAACCACGUGGCUGGGCGUGGCCUGAGGAGCCACGCGGCAGACAACUCCCUUCCUCCGGGCGGCUCGGCUCUGGCUCGGCCAUGCCUCCAGCCCUCGGGCCGCGGUCUGGCCAUGGCCAGCCGCCGGGAUGGGGGGAUGUCUCUGGCGCGGCCCGAAUGUGGCAAAGGCUCCCAGGGGGGUUCUGUGCUUCUACAGCACCUCCAGAACCACGUGGGGGACAGGGUGUGAGGCCCCCGGGGGCACCUGGCGAGUUCAUAGCUAGAGACUGGGCUUGGGGGGAGGGAGGGAUGUAGACAAAGGAGGGAGGAGGGUGCCUGCUGGAGUAAGGAUAGCUGGAGGGGCGUGAAGGUUUGAGGGCCCUGGGGCAGGAGGCUGGGGGCGAGAAUGAGGAGGUUGGUGGAUGUGGGGAUGGUGGUCUGGGAAUCUGAUUUGGCAAUGGGAGAGGUUGCUUUAGGAUCUAGGGGAUCUGGUUUUGUGGGGAUCAUGUUGGAAUCUGUGGGAGCCUGGUUUUACAGGGGUUUCUGCUGGGAUUGGGGGGGCUGGUUUUGCAGGGGGUCAUGCUGGGAUAUGGGGGGGCUGGUUUUGCAGGGGGUCAUGCUGGGAUCUGAGGGGGCUGGUUUUGCAGGGGGUUUGUGCUGGGAUCCCGGGGGGCUGGUUUUCCAGGGGGUUUAUGCUGGGAUCUGAGGGCGGUGGCAGGUUUUGCAUGGGACUGGGCUGAGAUAUAACAGAUGGAUGUGACUUAGAUCAUGUUUGGCUCUGUUUGGGGGAUCCGAUUUCAUUAUGGGGGACUGUGAGCCAUCCCUGGAUGGUGUCGCUUUGCAGCUGUUCCCCAGCUGCCCCCCCUCAGAGGUGGCUGCAUCUCAGUGCUGGGUGAGUCAGCCCCAUGUGGCUGUUACCCAACUCCCCCAGAGACAAAAUACUUCCUCUUCUAUCCAUUUUGAAUUUAUCUUGGCUCCUCUCCCAGCCACUGGCUCCCAUUUGGCCUUUGUCUGCUAGCUCCAAGAGCCCUCUGUUCUCACAAACCUCCUCAUUUAGGUGCUUAUAGGUUGGGAUCACGUCACCCCUCCAGUCAGCUGAAGUCUCUUCCUCUGCAUGGGAGCCUUUCCAGGCCUCGAGUCAAUUGCGGGAGACAAUGUGGCCUAAUGGGUAGUGCACUGGCAGCCAGGACUCCUGGGUUCUAUCCCCAGCUCUGGGAGGGGAGUGGGGUAUAGUGGUUAGAGCAGGGGGGCUGGGAGCCAGGACUCCUGGGUUCUAUCCCCAGCUCUGCCGGUGACCUUGGGACAGAUCACAUCACCUCUCUGUGCUUCAGUCUCUCCAUCUGUAAAAUGGGGCUACAUAUACCAACAUCCUUGGUGAAGGUCUUUGAGAUCUCAUCCCCCAAUCCUUUCCCAUGCGGGCCACUCGCUUACACGUGUAUUUCGUCUCCUGGCCUGGGAGGAACUCAGCUGGGAACCUUCCCCCGAACUGCAAUGGCUGGGAUUUGAAAGCUAAUCCAGGGAUUGUUUUCACCCCAUUCUCUGCUUAGCCAGGGGAACUACCCGCAACUACAUAACAGCAGAGCCUAGAAUUAAAAUAAGGAUUGAACAUUGCUAAGGUUAAUGCAGACAUUCAAAGUUGUUACAGUCAAUGGGGCUUUUGGAACAACUAGAGCUGGGAGAUGUUUUUCGGCCAAAAGUUUUUUGGGGGGUGAAACGUACCGAUUCCGUGAAACCUUUUGCAGUUUCUUGUCAGUUUCAGAAGAUGGUUUCGGUUGGGAAAAACCCUAAAAUCAAUCCCAAAAAAGUGAAAAUGCUUCACAGUUCUGAUUGAAAAUGGCGGCUUGUUUCAAAAUCUCCCUUGGUUUGAUUGAAAUAACUCAAAAGCAUGAAAAAAGCCAAUCAAGGCUCAGAAUCAAAACAAAACAUUUUCUUUGACCCCAGACAGGAUUUUUUUUCAACUUUUGAUUUGCCGAAAAUUUCAUAAACGUUCAAUUUUGAUCACAAAACCUGAUUUUUUUUUUUUUCCUCUCCAAUUUUUCAGAUCUGCCAGUGAACCGAAAUCUCCAUUAUUCACCCAGAAAUAAGCAAUAGGCAAAGGGGAGGGAAGGGAAAUGAAAUCUACACUACUCUGGGGUCCGAACUCUUGGGGCUUGAGUGGGAUCUUCCUUUCCCUGGGGGCAAGUUAUUCCAGGAUUGUCUACCUGGGGGGAGAGAGGGUUGAUCUGCCUUUCUCUGAAGCAGCUGGGAUGGUCACUGAUAGAGGUGGGAUACCAGGGUAGGUGGGGCCCACUGCUCUGCUCUGGGGCAGCUGUUCCUGUGUCCUGCACUGUGUGAUUCUGCCAGCUAUGGAAGAGGACCCAUGAAAUCUGACGUUGCUACUGCUCUGGACUGGGCAGAGAUGCCAUGGGGAGGACCGGAUAUUAAAAUCAAGGAUCGGGUCCCUCUAACAGCAAGCAGGGUGGAGGUCUUAGGCCAUGGCUGGUGCUCAGAGAUACUACCACAAUCUGGAUAAUAAAUAUCGUUAAUUUACGACUCAUAUGGUGCAUAGAGAUGACGUCGGAACAAAUUUAUUCCCCUCGGAAGAGAUCAGGGUUGUAUUUCUGCUUUAAAAUAUUUGAAUCCGUUUCGGAGGCUGUUAGGGAAAUGGGAUGGAAUUCCACGCCUCCCACAUUUGUUCCACUCCCUGACCCCAGUGAAAUUUGAAAUUAUAAUGGACUUUUGGGGUUUUUUUGGUUGAAAACUUU